CUCAUUGGAAUUAUUUCUCUUUGUGUCCAAUCAUUAUGUUCCCUUCCAUUGGUCAUGGCUCCAAAAAUCUUUCGCCUUUACACUCAGGAGAACGUUGUGGUCUUACCCUUGACCGAAGAAGCGUUCAUGUUGGAGAUCAAAGCAAAUGAUCAAGUUCUUUUUACCAAAUAUUUCCCUAAAUCACCAAAAAAUCCUUUCUCAGUUCCAAUUGAGCUUGGAGCCAAUGUUUCAACUGGAAUAGCUAAGCUUUCAGUGAUUAACAGGGAUGGAGAUGAAAAUAGUUCACAAAUUUUCAUCACUGGUGAUACAGGAUUUGGUUUCGUUCAAACCGAUAAACCAAUUUAUACACCUAAGGAGAGAGUUAGGAUUAGAUUAAUGAGACUUGAUGAUGAUCUUAAACCGAUGGCUGAUAAAGUUAAACUAUCGAUUAAAAAUCCUCAUAAAAUAAUAAUGGAUGAAAUUAUUCUUGAAGCAACUAAAGAUGAUUACUUUAUCAAUUACGAGUUUAAAAUACCACCCGAUCCAAUUAAAAAUAAAUGGACUAUCAUCAUGGCUUAUGGACCAGAAUUUCAGGUUACAUCUAAUGUAACCUUUGAAGUACGAGAAUAUAUUUUACCUCUGUUUAAAGUGUCUCUUCAAUCCAAAUUCAUUACACCUUCAACAUCAAUCGUCAAUGGAUCAGUGUCAGCAUUUUAUCUUACAGGUCAACCGGUUUCAGGUACGGUCAGAUUUAAAUUCAAGGUUAGAGAUGGAAAAAAUCAAACCAUUGGUAUUGGUCAAACUGAUGAAUUGGAAUUGAUUAAAGGUGUAACAAGUUACAAAUUUUCAUCAAAUGAAUUUAGUGAAAGUGAAGUUGAAGUUUCCAUGAUUAUUGGAAGUGUUCUUAUCAUCGAAGCAACAGUUAUCGAAGCAUCUACCCGACAAAAAGUUAAACAAAUUGACACUUCAACUCAUUUUGUCGCCUCACCUUAUAAGAUUAAUUUCGAUUCAUCAUUUCGUGUCUUUCGACCUGAACACCCAAUCCGAUUGAUUGCUGAAAUAUUCGAUGUUCACAAUCAACCUGUUAUUGGAAUGCCCACUCGACUGUCAAUCUUCAGUAGUCGUAUGAUAACCAAAGAUGUAAUGAGUGAUGACUUGGGUCGAGUAACAGUUGAUUAUAAUACCAGUAUUCAAGAUAAAAGAAUCAUAUUUGAGGUUCGAACAAGAGAUCCGAAUCUGAAUGAAGAUGAACAAUCGUUUUCUCGACUUUCUGUUGAACGAAGUAACCAAACUUCAGCUUCUCUGACUCUUGUGAAAAAAACUGACCGAUAUAAAGUAGGUGACAGAUAUGAGAAUUCAAUUCUCUUUGAAGGUUCAACAUUCAUCUCUCCUAAUGAAGAACUUACUAUGAUUCUAAUAUAUAUCCGACUUAUCGCUGUUUCCUAUCGAUUUGAUAGAAUCGUUUCCGAUUCACUUUUGAUCAAUGUUGACCCAAGUGAAUGUUAUCUUAAUGUCACUUAUAUCAACUCGAAAGGAGUGUCCAGCUCUAAUAUGGAACCAGGAGAGAAUGGUACUUUAAUUGUCUCCUCAAGUCAAAGUAAAAGUCGUCGUAAGGUGUCAGUUAUUGGCGUUGAUGAAGCUGUUUACCUUCUUAGAUCUGCUAACACUUUGACCCGUCAUGGACUUCGAAAGAUGUUCAAUUCUAAAGACAAAGGUUGUGGACGGGGAGGAACUGAUCCAACUGAUGUACUUUUAAACUCUGGCCUUGUGAUUGCUGGUAUUCCAUCAAAUUCAAUUGGAUCAAAUUGUGCUGUUAAAAAAGAGAAACCUUCAAGGCGAAGACCAGUUCGUUCACCACGAGUUAUGAUUUCUUCUUCAUCAUCAAACAGACGAUUUGUUUCUUCUCCGACAUUUACAUCUUCCCGUUCAGCUUCAACUCAUGCCGCUUCCACGUCAUUACCUGCUUACUCUUCAGACAAUUAUAUCAAUCAAUGUUGUCGAUUGGGUAAAAUUAAGCCCACUGUUAAGGCGAAAAAUUUAUCUUGUGAAGAGAGACGAGAUAUUUUACUUCGUAGUGUUAAAAAUACCAAAUGUGCCUCAGCAUUUUUAGAUUGUUGUUUGAAUUCCCUUGCACCUCCGCUUUUGAGAACCUCAGUUUUCAAUGUGAAUGUCGGAAGUGAUUCUGAAAGUCUGAAAUCUACUGAACCUGCUAUAAGUUUAGGACAAGAAGAUGCUAUCGAAGAGUCAACUUUAAUUCGUCAAGAUUUCAGAGAAACUUGGCUAUUCGAUUUGGUUACUCUCGAUGAGUCCCAGACUUCCGUUAAAUAUCCAGUUACAACUCCUCAUUCAAUUACUUCGUGGCGUCUUAAUGCACUUUCGCUUUCAGCCAAAGACGGUCUAUGUUUAAUGGAAAAUCCUCUUCGUUUAGUUUCAAGCAAAGAUCUACACAUUCGAGUUGACCUUCCCUAUUCUAUUGUUGUCAAUGAACAGGUUGAAAUGUUGGUCACUCUCUUUAAUCAUGGAUCAACAAGGAAAAAGGUUAACCUAUUUAUGUAUGGUGUUGAUGGUGUUUGUUCCGAAGCUGAUGCUGGACAGAAAACCGAAAGACGUUUGGUUACCGUUGAACCCGGAGUACUUCACACCGGGUUCGCCCUCUCGCCCAUUCGAACGGGUGAAUUUAAAAUUCAAAUUGAUGCCUUAGCUCAUGGAACCUCCGAUAUAGUCAUUAAAACUCUUCACGUUGUACCUCAAGGUAUCACUGUUGUUGACAAUUACGCCGUUCAAUUAGAUCCACGGAAUCUUCAGCAUCGACAGAAAAGAUCAAUUAAACGAGAAAAUCUAGUUGACUCUAUCGACCCUGAUAAAGGUGAACAGAAAACCCGAAUUGAUUUAGUUCCCAGAGCACAAAAUUCAGCCAUCGUUCCAGACUCUGAAGAAUGUGUUGUCUCGGCAAUCGCUGAUUCUUAUGGCCCUUCCGUGGUAACUACUCUAUCAAAUAUUGACCAUUUAAUUUCAAAGCCCACUGGUUGUGGUGAACAAAAUGUCAUUCGAAUGGCACCAACACUUUUCACACUAGACUAUCUCAACUCUACGGGAAGAUUAACACCAAGUCAACAAGAAAAGGGUUUAAAAUAUCUGAAAUCAGGUUACGAAAAUCAAAUGAUGUUCCGUAAACCCGACGGAUCCUAUUCAACAUUCGAGAAACGACCAAGUUCUCUUUGGCUGACUGCCUUUGUCACUCGGAUCAUGUGUAAAGCGGCUCCAUUUUUAGGCUUAAAUCUAGACCCUGAAGUGGUUCUAACAGCCAUCGACUAUUUAGUUGACCAUCAAGAAUCAUCUCCUUCCGGCUCAUGGAAAGAGUAUCAACCCAUCAUUCAUAAAUCAGCACUUGGUGGCUUAGUUGGAGUCAUUCCAAUAACAGCCUUUACCUUUAACACCCUUCGAACCUGUGACAAUUUCACCUACCCACGAGUUCUUAGCAAAAGACGAGAUAAAUCUCUGAAACUUGCCGAAUCGUAUCUAUGUGGUAAACUAACUUCUGAGUUAAUCAAAGGUGAUCCCUAUCACAUUGCCCUUCUAGCUUAUAGUUUAUCGACGACACCAUGUUUACAAUCAAGUGAUCGUCGUAAAACAUUGGUUUCUCGUCUAAGAGAAUUAUCCGUUUACUCUGCUAACGAGAAUAAGCUCUUCUGGAAUACAUCGACACCUAUCGAAACCACUGGUUAUAUCCUUCAAGCUCUUCUGAAUCUUCGUGAAGCCAAACCAGAUGAGAUUCAAGCGAUAAUCAAUUACCUUGAAUCUCAACGUUCGUACACUGGAGCAUUUGAUGCUACACAGGACACCAUUGUUGCUUUAGAAGCUUUAUCAAAUUAUGCUAAAUCUUCAUACAAUUUAACUGACAUCAAUCUCAUUUGUAACAUUACUUCUGGUCGAUUUAGGAAAUCAAUUGAAUUCCACGAAGACAACGCUCAGGUUAUGAGAACCUUUGAGAUGAACAAUGAAUGUGAUUAUAUAGACAUGGUAACUCGUGGAACUGGAUUAGGCUCAGUUCGGGUUAAAUAUAAAUAUAAUGUUUUGGAAGCUCCCGAAAAACUUUGUGGCUUUGAGCUUGAUGUUAAUGUUACUCAUGAUCUCUCACCAACUGACUUUAACUCUAUUUCAUCGGAUACUCCAGUUGAACUCGAUGACCUUUUCAACAUCACAAUGUUAGCUGAAAUUGGAGUACUGAACGAGCGUCUUGUUCAAGUUGAAACAAUUGUAAACUCUACAUUUACUGAGCUUAGUUCUGCUAAUCCAUCUGGUCCGACAUAUUCCGGCUCGAAUAAGGCUGAAUCAACAUCCAGCGACUACAAAUUUUCAGGAACCUCCAAAGUUACUAAUAAACUAACAGUUUGUGCUAAAAGAUUCGAUUCAACUGAUACUGGAAUGGUUAUACUUGAAGUCGGUAUACUAAGUGGUUAUGUUGCUGAUGAAAAUGAUUUAAUGAAUCUUCGCAAAAAUAAUCCAAUAAUCUCAUCUCACGAGAAAACAGCUCGAUCAGUAAUCUUUUAUCUCGAAGAUGUAUCAGCUGAUUCGCAAUAUUGUCUAAGUUUCAAGAUCUACCAAGAAAACAAAGUAGCUAAUCUUCAAUCUGCUAUGGUUAAAAUAUACGAUUAUUACAAGAAAGGCCAAGGCUGUUCACAGUUAUACCAUUCGACUCGUCGAACUGAUUAUCUUAAAAAAAUCUGCAAUUCUAGUAUCUGCCAUUGUACAGCUCGUUGGAUCUGCCCGUUGAAUGAUAAUCUCAACGAAGUCGGUGAAAUUGGCUCAGUUAACAUGGGUCGAGCUAAGGAUAAGUUUUCUAGACUAAUUUGCUCUGGACAAUAUGGUUUCGUUUGGUUGGGUCGAUUUGUUAAAAAGAUCGAACUCGAUUCUUUGGUCAUUCUACAUUUCAAAAUUGGCCAAUCUCUUUAUGGAGAGGGACAAGAAGGGCAAGAUUUCACCUUUACCAUGGAUCGAUCUUGCUUUGAUCCAAGUGUACUUAGAACAACUUAUGCUGAGAAAUUCUUACUCAUGGGAAAAAUACGUAAUUCGACUGCAAUUCAUCUUGAUUCGAGGUCGAUCGCAUAUGAUCUCGAAGAUGUGGGCACUAAAGAUCCUAAAAUUCACUACACUAUUAAACGAGUUAUUGAUAACUUCAAGAUAAACAAUAGACAAUUAACUUGCUGAUGGUCGACAAAAGUUGGAAAAUGAUUCUCAUAAUAAUCUUUGUCAACCAGAGUAAAAUCAUAAUUACCUCAACUUCUUGGACAACAAAGUCUAAUUUCGACUAUUUAAUCAUAUUGAAAGAGAAAAAUUUAUUCUUGUAUCAAAUCAACAGUUGCUUUCGUCACAAUUUGGUUACUUUUUCUCAAUAACAACACGAAAGGAAGAGAACUAUUUUCUUGUAAUAUCCAUUUUAUAUUCAUCUUUAAAAAAAAGGAAAUUGACAAGAAGUUAAUCAUAAUUAGAGCUAAAAUAAUAACCCUAUUCAUUUAAGUCUCUUGUUUUCUCUCUCUCUCUCUCUCUCUCUCUCUCUCUCUCUCUCUCUCUCUCUCUCUCUCUUUUCCUCAAGAACAACAACAGUAAAUCUCAUGAUUUAUCAUUUUCCUUCUGUUUAUCAAUGUUAAUCACUGAAUUUUGUUUGUAACAAGAUGAAAUAAUCUAUCAUUGUGCCAAACUUUGUAAAUAAAUCUAUCUACAUAAAUAA